UUAAUUAUGAUACAGAUGCCAAUGGCCAACCAAAUGGAAUAACAAAAGAAAUACAUCCUAGAACUGGCAUUACAAUGGCAAUUGGUCAAUAUUUGCGCCAUGAUCCAAGACUUUCCACAAAACAAAUUGUCAAUGUCACCAAAGUAAGCUCAUGUUGGUUUGGUGCAAGAACAACUGUAACUAAACAAUUAAAAACUUCCAAUGUUAAGAAGUGGACACCCCAAACAUUUGAGCAUUGA